AUGCCGUCGCUGAAGGAUCGGGUGAAGGCGACGCGGCAUCGAACAGAAGACGACGAUGACGAUGGUGUCUCAGCUCUACUUGCGGCUUCCCUUGGUCCCCCCGCUCAGUGUGUCGUUUUCAACAUUCCGGAUGAAGACGAGACUCCUCCGGAAGAGCAGGCAUACUACAAGCAGAAGAGAGAAUGGGUGAUAGGAAAGCUGCGGGCCUUGAAUUUAAACGUCGAUCAAUUUGUGAACAAAUCCAACACGCUACUGUUUGUUAAGAUCAGCGCACCAGAUACAGUUUUGAGGUAUGAGGCAGAGGAGCGACGAAUUCGGUUGCGGCUGAAAGAGGUCUAUGGAGGGGCACUUUGCGCAUACUCGAGAGAGAUCGAGAGCAAGCAAGCGUUCGACAAGCCGCUUGACGGCUUCGAGUUGUUCUGCAGCGCACAGCAGCUGAAGAUCAUGACGAGGUUUGUCACAAACCAGAUCUCCUUUGCUAAGCUGCAGCAGGAAGAUCCGGUUCCCGGCCUGCCGAUCGUCGCCGCCUAUUUUCCUUUGCAUCAUGAUCGAAUGAGGCUGCGGCUUCUGAAUGAAUGGGCGCGAGCUUUAAUCAAACCCCAGCCCCUCGAGUUGGUCCGCGAAUAUUUCGGUGAAAAGCUUGCUCUAUUCUUCACAUGGAUGGGAUAUUACUGCACUAUGCUGUGGAUACCAGCUCUGAUUGGCCUGUACAUAACUAUUCAAGACUACAACUUCUACAGAGAUUCAUUGCAUCUGAGCAAUCCGUACAAUGUCGUUUUUGCAGUCGUGAUCGCAAUUUGGUCCAACAUGUUCUCACAGCUCUGGAAGAACCUUGAAAGCUCGCUCAAGUAUAAGUGGGAUACUCUGGAUUUCGAAAAUCUUGAAGAAAUCAGGAAGGAAUUCAAAGAGAAUGACAACACAGAGAAGGAUACACACGUCAAUGAGAUCACAGAUGAGGUUGACGACUUUUAUUACGAUGAAGGCACGUAUUUCCCUCCAACAGGUCGAGCAAGGGAUCAGCUGGUUACUUUCACAGUCAUCGUGAUUUUCAAUCUGAUCGCAGUCAUCCUGUUCUUCAUCAUCUGGGAAGACUUUGCUCUACCGAUGAUGCGGCCUGGAGACGUUCUGUUCGGGGGAAUGCUGUGUGGGAUCUGUUUCUCGGUGGUAUCCAUUGUGUUCGACUCGAUUUUAGACGGAGUGGCUGAACUGGAACUGACUGGGCUCAUGAGAUAUCUUGUUGCCAGAGAGAACUGGAGGACAUUCACAGAGCAUGAGGAUGCAAUCAUCAUGAAGACGUUCUACUUCAAAAUCCUCAACAAAUAUUUCGCGCUCAUCAUGAUCGCGUUUGGGGUGAACUUUGUCGAUUGCUUUGGAGGACCUUGCCGAUGUCCACACUGGCAGUGCAUGCCUGUUCUAGAAGUCGUCUAUAUCUCGAUCCUCACAACGGAGCUGGUCUGGGGGGCCAGUGUUGCCUACUUGUUUCCUCUGAUCAACAAGUAUUUCGACAACUUGCGCAGUCCAAACACGGCAAAUCAGGGGAAAGUGCACUUGACUCCGCAGGAGGAGCAGUAUGAAUGGCUGGUCCCGAAUCCAGUUAUCGACUUUUACAAGGACAGGGUGUACCAGUUCGGCUACAUUUCCUUAUUUGGCAUCGUGUCUCCUUUCAUGUCCUUCGUGUGCCUGAUAUCGUCGCUGGCCCUUCAACUGCUGACCAAGAAUCGACGACCGGACGCGAUUACUGCUGCUGACAUAGGCUCUUACCAAGUUGUCUUGGACACAUUAUCAACCCUCUCCAUCAUCACAAACGCCGGUGUGGUGGGUGUUUGUAGCUUCUCUCUGUACUUCUACUUCCCGACGAUGACUGACGUCGACUGCCUGUGGGCAACAGCCGUUCUCGAGCACUUGCUGAUAAUCUUCAAGAUCUUCAUCUCAAGUUACAUCCCUGAGGAAUCAGAGAAAGCCAAGCAGGAAUGGGAAGUCCAGCAGGAGAAGAAGCUUGCGGCUCUUGACAACUGGAACAUCAAGGAGAACGAGAUCGAAGACCCAACGCCAUGGUAG